ACCUGGACACUUUAAAAUUCCAAAGACCAAAACAAAAAAAAUGGCUAUUAAAAGGAUCUUCACAACACAGAGGGAUAACAGUUUAACACAGAAACAGCAAACACCACAGAAAACACUUUUAUUCUUUAAACCACAAAGCAAAAAACAAAAAAACUAUUCAAUUUAAUGGGGAAAGGUGGAAAUUAUGCGACGGUGGCGACGGAAGAGGUUGAGGAGUUACGGAGGAGGAACGGAGAGUUGGAGAGAGAAAUGGAGGAGAUGAAGAAACAGAUGGUUCAGCUGUGGCGGCGGACUGUGGUGGCGGAAGAGGCCGAGGAGAGACUCUGCUCGCAAUUGGCUGAGCUUGAGGUCGAGUCUCUAGAUCAGGCGCGUGACUAUCAGUCUCGUAUUCUCUUCCUCAUGGAGCAAAUCUCCCGUCUCUCUGCUUCCUCCCUUGAAGUCGUUGUUACUAAUUCAUAGAUUGAUGGAUAUGUCACUGACCUGACUUCGUGCAUCAAACUAUAUUUUAACAAGAUUGAUUGAGACUUUUUUGAUUAACGAUAAUAUAAUUAAAAGUAAAUGAGAGCUUCACAACAGCAACAUAAAUUAGGUAGAAAGAGCAUCAAACUAUAUUUUAACAAGAGUUUAUCCAAUGCCUUUUUUGAUGA